AUGAAGAAAGAAUCGCCACGUAGCUUCAAUGAGCACAGAUGGGUAGUCCAAAUCCGUCGGCAGAUUGAGGAAGCACUCGACGACGACGCCGAUGCCGAUCUCCCGGUCUCCAUCUUCAACGUGCCGAAGCCAUUAAUGGCAGCCAAGCCAGAGGCCUAUAUUCCCCAGCAGGUAGCCAUUGGACCAUACCACCAUCGAAGGCCCGAGCUCUAUGAGAUGGAGAGGUACAAGCUCUCUUCUGCUCGAUGGGUGCAGAAAUCUCUCCGAAAUAUUAAGUUUCAAGCCGUAGUGGAGCACUUUACGAAGUUAGAGCACAGGAUCAGGUCAUCCUACCACAGGUAUGUGGAACUCAAUGGAGAAACCCUUGCUUGGAUGAUGGCAGUCGACGCCUCUUUCCUGCUCGAGUACCUGAAUCUCUACGCCGUAGACUGCCCGCGGGCAUCUCCUGCGUCGGCGCGGAUGUCGCAUCUUAUCGACUGCACAGGCAGGAAGGCUGCCCACGGCGCCACCUCGAGGGACAUUGUCAUGUUGGAGAAUCAAAUCCCCCUCUUCCUGCUGGCCAAGCUCUUAGAAUUCCAAUGUGCUUCGCCUCAAGAAUCGGAAAGGAGGUUGCUGAUGAUGUUGAUUGGUUUUUGCAAGGAGCUUUCCCCUUUCAGGAUGGUAGACGAUGCACCACAAAUUCAGGUUACUGAUCAGGGUGCCCACCUUCUUCAAGUCCUCUACGAUGCAGUCGUUCCACCGGCCGAAAUCACGCCGGAAUCUGGUAAAAAAUCCGGCGAGAAUGUCGAGGAAGAGAUUGACGGCCAUGACGACGAUGGCCCCAACUCGAAUCAACAAAAAGUUUCUUGGACAUAUUUCCGGCAAUUUAUUGGUUCAGUCUGGAAUCGCACCGCUCAGAGGCUUCUACCACCACAGCCUGUCAAGCUUAUCGUCAUCCCAUGGAAGGUACUCCGCAACCUCCCAGUUUUCGCCUUAUUGAGGCAGCCGAUUGAUGGACUGCUCGAUUCUAUCUUCGACACCGGGGCCUCCGGGAACGUCGGGAAACAGAAAGUUGGGGAAGAAGACCAGUUAAGGCCGCCGCUGGCGGAGGAGCUAGAGAUACCCUCCGCUGCGGAGUUGAAGGACGCAGGAGUAACGUUCCGUCAGACCACCGGCGGCCUGAUAAGCAUAAGAUUCGACUCGAAGAGCGCCGCCUUCUUCCUGCCGAUCAUCACGGUGGACGCCAACACAGAGGUGAUCAUGAGGAACUUGGUGGCCUACGAGGCUUCGGCGACGCCGGGGCCUCUGGUUCUCACAAGAUAUACGGAACUGAUGAACGGAAUCAUUGACGGCGAGGAAGACGUGAGGGUUCUCAGGGAGGAGGGGAUCGUCUGCAACCAUCUGAAGAGCGACGUCGAGGCUGCCUGCAUGUGGAACGGCAUGAGCAGGUCGGUGAGGCUGACGAGGGUGAAGCAUCUGGACAAGGUGAUACAGGAGGUGAACAGGUACUACCAUGGAAGCUGGAAGGUGAGGACGAGGAAGUUCAUGGGGAGAUACGUGUUUGCGUCAUGGCAGUUGCUUACUUUGUUGGCGGCGGUUCUUCUCUUGUUGAUGAUGGCCUUCCAGGCGUUCUGCUUGGUCUAUGGCUGCUCUCGGCUUUUGGACGAGCAAAAGGCCAUGGCAGAUUAGCUUAAGAGAACUUUGUAAAUCAGAGCGAUAGAGAAAAGCAAGAGAGACUCCGCGAUAACAGAUUAAGAAGCUAAUAGAAAAAUUGAGACACAAGGUAGGCACUCGUAAUGAAAGACAGAGGAAGCACAUAAACUGAACAGACUCAGCAGAGUGUAUUGUAUUUGGUUCUAAAAUCUUUUAAGAACGGAUGCAUACUCUAGGUACAUACAUACAUGCAUGCAUCCAUACAUCAUGCGUGUUUGGAUUAAAAUAAAACCACUUGCAUUUUUUUCUUUUCUGUGAGAUAAAUGCUUUGUAACUUGUCUCAGCGAUCCCACGUUACUCAUAAAGUUUUGCAGUGUCGUUUUUUUGUACCUUCUGAUGGUGCCUAGUGGGGUUUGGAAA